GGGGCGGGGUCGCACGGUGCGGCCGUGCCAUGUGUGCUGAGCGCCGCUCGGGCGCGGAGGCCGCCUGUGAGCGGGGUAGCGGGCGCCGGGCAGCGCUGCGCCCUCCCGGGCGGGCGGUGAGCCGGGACCAUGUCCUCCGCGCUGCGCUUCUUCUGCGGCUAUUUCUGCCUCGCCAGCCGCGCGGCCGCUCGCCGGUCCCUGCUGCUCUGCCAGCGGGCGGCGGGGCUGUCGCUGCUCGGCGGCACUCGCCGCCGCCUCCUCGCCCUCCGCGGGCUGAGUCCCGCCAGCGGCUCCGCGGCGGCAGGGCAGGGGGUGGCGGCGGGCGGCGGGUUCCGUCCGUCGCGGGUGGCGGUGGUGGUGAAAACGACGCGGUACGAGUUCGAGCAGCAGCGGUACCGCUACGCUGGGCUCUCCGAGGAGGACCUCAAGCAGCUGCUUGCCUUGAAGGGAUCUAACUAUGCUGGUCUGCUGGAGCGGCAUCGCAUUCAUACAAAAAAUGUGGAGCAUCUUGUAGACAGUUUACGGAAUGAGAGGAUAGAAGUUCGCCUUGUUAAACGUCGAGAAUAUAAUGAAGAGACAGUUCGGUGGGCAGAUGCGGUUAUAUCAGCAGGAGGUGAUGGUACAAUGUUGUUGGCUGCCAGUAAGGUCUUUGAUAAAUCCAAACCCGUGAUUGGUGUAAAUACUGAUCCUGAAAGAUCGGAAGGUCACCUAUGCUUGCCUGUGAGAUACACACACUCAUUUCCUGAAGCACUACAGAAGCUUUAUCGUGGUGAGUUCAGGUGGCAAUGGCGGCAAAGAAUCCGACUGUAUCUUGAAGGAACUGGUAUUAACCCAGUCCCUGUAGAUUUACAUGAACAACAGCUAAGCCAAGAGCAACACAGCAGGGCUCACAUAAAUGAAAGAUUCCAGGAUCAAAGAUCCGACAUUUCUGGUCCACAUCUUUUACCAGUGAGAGCCCUCAACGAAGUCUUCAUUGGGGAAUCUCUUUCAUCCAGGGAGAACUUUAAAUCCUGCAAACCCAGUUUUAAAUUCUCGCUUCAUAGGGCCUCCUAUUAUGAGAUAUCAGUUGAUGAUGGUCCCUGGGAAAAACAGAAGAGUUCGGGACUUAAUGUGUGUACUGGAACAGGAUCGAAAGCAUGGUCCUAUAAUAUUAACAAGAUAGCACAACAAGCUGUUGAAGAGAUCCUUAAUAUCGCAAAAAAGCAAGGAAGUUUGAAUAUGCCAUUGAACACAGAACUGGUACAGAAAGUAACAAAUGAUUACAAUGAGUCCUUGGUCUACAGUCCAGAAGAACCAAAGAUGUUUUUCAGUGUUCGAGAACCUAUUGUAAACAGAGUUUUCUCAAGUAGCCGGCAGCGUGGCUUCUCUUCAAAGGUCUGUGUCCGUUCCCGCUGUUGGGAUGCAUGUAUGGUUAUAGAUGGAGGAACAUCUUUUGAGUUCAAUGAUGGGGCGAUAGCUUCAAUAGUGAUUGAUACAGAGGAUGCACUGUGCACUGUUCUGCUGGAAGAAUGAAGGACACUAGUGUCUUCUGCUGAAACAACUUUGCAUCCAGAGAGGGAACUCCUGGGGAUAGACAGCACAUCAUAAUGCUGCAUUAUGUUGGAAGUUGACCUUUCUGGAUGCAAGAGUAUUUGGAGGAAGUUUGAGAUGCUUUUCAUUCCUUUGGGUUAGGGAAACAUUAGCCUGAUUUUUAACUGUUUUUGCAUCUGGUGUGAAAGAAAUGUAUCUGAAGUCACACCACUAACCUCAGUGAAAACUGACAUUGUCACUUGUAAGGCAAACAUGAAAGAAUAUACUUUUAAACACAGGUAGAUGGGUUCAGGUAUUAAGUCAGUAGCAUUAAGUAUCCAGAUGUACAUUUUUCUAGUAACAGUCAGGGACUGAUGAAACUAAACCCCUUCAUAUAUAUACUUUUAUAGAAAAGUUGACUGUCAAUCUAGCAAUUUGAUGCAAGGACAUAUAGAUUUUGGUAAAUCCUGAUGUUGAUGUAAUAGAAAUGGAAAUACAGACUUUUUGUAUGCUUUUCAAAAAUUUUACAACUUUGUAGUUUCUUACAAUUUGUGACUUUUUUUUUUUUCUCUUCCAAUAUUUUUUUCUACUUUGUAGAUUCACAUCAGAAGUAAAAAUCAGGUUUAAUCACA